UUCGACUUUCUUACUGCUCACUACGCAACAGAGACACCAACCAGGCAUAGAUGGCGGUAACGGACUUCUUCGCCGGCGAAAUCGCCACCGAACUCAUGAAAAUGCUAAUCCAAAUCUCCAGCAGAGCUUGCCUCUGCAAAUCCAGUGCCGAGCAACUCCGAUCCUCCAUCGAAGAACUCCUCCCCAUAAUCCAAGAAAUCAAGUACUCCGGCGUCGAACUCCCUCCGGCACGGCAGCGCCAGCUCGACGCCCUCUCCGAAACCCUCCGCAACGGCACAGAACUCGCCACCAAAGUCCUCAACUCCGGCCGCUGGAACGUCUACAAGAACUUGCAGUUGGCUCGAAAGAUGGAGAAGCUCGAGAAGAACGUCUCGAGGUUUUUGCAGGGUCCGAUGCAGGCUCACAUGCUCGCCGAUGUGCACCACCUGAGGUUCGAGACUGCGGAGCGGUUCGAUUGGCUCGAGAACUCGGCUCGGCGGCUGGAGCAGCGGCUCGGAUCCUUGAAGAUUGGGGUUGGCGGCGGCGGGUGGUUGGAAGAGGCGGUGAAGAGGGUGGAGGAGGAGGAGGAGAGGUACGAGGGUAGUUUCGUGAAUUUCGGGGUUGGGAUGGAUUUGGGGAAGAGGAGAGUGAAGGAGAUGAUUAUUGGGAGAGACGAUUUGAAGGUUGUUGGGAUCUCUGGGAUUGGUGGUAGUGGAAAGACGACUCUGGCUCGAGAGAUUUGCAGAGACCCUGAAGUUCAAAGUUAUUUUAACAACAGAGUUUUCUUCCUGACUGUAUCGCAAUCUCCGAAUGUGGAGCAAUUGAAGCUCAAGAUUUGGAGAAUGAUAACAGGAAAUGAAAUGGUUGGUUCUAGUGAUAUGAUUCCACAAUGGACCUUACAAUAUGAAUUCAGUAUUGUUGUGAAAACACUAGUGAUUCUAGAUGAUGUUUGGUCGGUCUCAGUGCUAGAACAGCUCAUUUCCAGAAUCCCCGGAUGCAAAACCCUCGUGGUUUCCCGGUUUAAAUUCUCUUCAUCUGUCAUCGACCGCACCUAUGAGAUAGAGCUGUUGAGGGAAGACGAAUCCUUGUCAUUGUUCUGCCACUCUGCUUUUGGGCGAAAUUCCAUUCCUUUUGGGGCUAACGAGAACUUGAUCAAGCAGGUUGUUGAUGAAUGCAAAAGGCUCCCAUUGGCUCUGAAAGUAAUCGGAGCUUCGUUAAGGGACCAGCCUGAGAAGUUUUGGACAAGUGCAAAGAAUAGAUUAUUGCGAAGCCAACCUAUUUGCGAGUCCCAUGAAGUCCAAUUGCUUGAAAGAAUGAAAUUAAGUAUCGAUUACUUGAAAGAGAAGGUUAGGGAGUGUUUCUUGGACUUGGGUUCUUUUCCGGAGGACAAGAAGAUUCCACUUGAUGUUCUCAUCAGCAUAUGGGUUGAAUUGCAUGAUAUUGAUGAGGAAGAAGCUUUUGCAAUUCUUAUCGAGCUUGCUGACAAGAAUCUCCUCACCCUGGUGAAAGAUGCACGGUCUGGAGAUAUGUACAGCAGUUACUAUGAGAUCUCUGUCUCUCAGCAUGAUGUUUUGAGAGACCUUGCUAUUCAUUUGAGCAACCGCGAGAGUAUAAAUCAGCGAAGGCGGUUGCUUAUGGCAAGAAGAGAGACGGGGAUCCCAAAAGAAUGGGAGAGGAAUAUCGAUAAGCCAUUCAAUGCCCAAAUUGUUUCGGUGCAUACAGGUGAAAUGAGUGAAAUGGACUGGUUUUGUAUGGAAUUUCCUAAGGCAGAAGUACUCAUCCUGAAUUUCGCCACGAGUGACUAUUUCCUCCCUCCCUUCAUUGAAAACAUGCCCAAGCUCAGAGCAUUAGUAUUGAUUAACUAUAGCACCUCAAAUGCAGUUAUUCACAACUUAUCAGUGUUUUCAAAUUUGAUCCACUUGAGGAGUCUCUGGUUUGAGAAAAUCUGUGUCCCUCACUUACCCAAAACAACACUACCCCUAAGGAACUUGCGUAAAAUAUCCUUAGUUCUUUGCAAGAUCAACAAUAGCCUCGAUCAGUCGGUUGUAGACCUACCCAACCUUUUCCCUCAACUCUCAGAGCUCACAAUGGAUCACUGUUUGGAUUUAACCAUGUUGCCUCCAAGCAUUUGCCAGAUGCGCAAACUCAAGAGUCUGAGCGUCACCAACUGCCACAGUCUCUAUGAACUUCCAGCUAACUUGGGUAAUUUGAACUCUCUACAAAUUCUUAGGAUAUAUGCAUGCCCUACUCUGAGAAAUCUUCCUCCCGGACUUUGCAAUCUGGUUCGAUUGAAGUACCUUGACAUUGCGCAAUGUCUAAAUUUGGCAUCCCUUCCUGAGGAGAUUGGCGGGUUAAAAAGUUUGGAAAAGAUUGAUAUGAGAGAGUGUCCACAAAUUAGGUAUCUGCCAAAGUCUGUAGUGGCAUUGCAGGCAUUGCGUGUUGUGAUUUGUGACGAAGAGGUUUCUUGGUUGUGGAAAGAUAUGGAGAAGGCUAUGCCAGAUCUUUGUGUUCAAGUUGCUGAGGAAUGCUUUAACUUGGACUGGCUUGCAGAGUGAAACAUGUAUCAAAAACCUUACGCGCACAGGAGGUUUUUGGUGCAUUCUGUUCGUGUAACGUUCUGUGUGCGUAUCAUUUAUGUAAAUAUCUUAUCACCCCUUUCUGGUUAACAUUUUUUAUUUUUCUGCAUGUUUAAACUAGUUAUAGCAAACUGAAGUAGAAAGUUGGUUGGCUACUCACUUUCUCUUUUCUUUCUGGGUUCUUGUGAAAUAAAAUGUAACCGAUUUGCCCUUUUUGGAUUCAACUCUUGUUGGUGUCUUUCA